GAAUUUUAAAUUCUUCACAGUCAAUCGUUGAGAACAGAACAGAAAGGUUGUAACAAACUAAAUAUCAAACUAAAUUCAAAAUGUGUGACGACGACGUAGCCGCUUUGGUAAUUGACAAUGGAUCCGGUAUGUGUAAAGCUGGAUUUGCAGGAGAUGAUGCUCCAAGAGCUGUAUUUCCAUCAAUUGUUGGAAGACCCAGACAUCAGGGUGUAAUGGUUGGUAUGGGACAAAAAGACAGCUACGUCGGUGACGAAGCCCAGAGCAAAAGAGGAAUCCUUACAUUGAAAUACCCAAUUGAACACGGAAUUGUCACAAACUGGGACGAUAUGGAGAAAAUCUGGCAUCACACUUUCUACAAUGAACUCCGUGUAGCACCAGAAGAACACCCCGUUUUACUGACAGAAGCUCCUCUCAACCCUAAAGCCAACAGAGAAAAGAUGACACAGAUUAUGUUCGAAACCUUCAACUCUCCAGCUAUGUACGUUGCUAUUCAGGCCGUAUUGUCUUUAUAUGCUUCUGGUCGUACAACUGGUAUUGUGUUGGACUCUGGUGAUGGUGUGACCCAUACUGUACCCAUUUAUGAAGGUUAUGCACUCCCUCAUGCUAUCAUGAGAUUAGAUCUUGCAGGACGUGACCUUACAGACUAUCUUAUGAAAAUUCUCACAGAGCGUGGAUAUUCAUUCACAACCACAGCCGAGAGAGAAAUCGUAAGAGACAUAAAAGAAAAAUUGUGCUAUGUAGCAUUAGAUUUUGAACAAGAAAUGUCCACAGCUGCAUCUUCAUCAUCAUUAGAAAAAAGCUAUGAAUUACCUGACGGACAGGUUAUAACAAUCGGAAAUGAAAGAUUCAGAUGCCCAGAGGCUAUGUUCCAACCAUCUUUCUUGGGUAUGGAAUCUGCCGGUAUCCAUGAAACAACAUACAACAGUAUCAUGAAAUGUGAUGUUGAUAUCCGUAAAGACUUGUAUGCCAAUACAGUACUUUCUGGUGGUUCAACCAUGUACCCAGGUAUUGCUGACCGUAUGCAGAAAGAAAUUACAGCACUUGCCCCAAGCACAAUGAAAAUCAAGAUUAUUGCUCCACCAGAAAGAAAAUAUUCUGUCUGGAUUGGUGGUUCCAUCUUGGCUUCACUCUCAACCUUCCAACAGAUGUGGAUCAGUAAACAAGAGUACGACGAGUCUGGUCCAUCCAUCGUCCACAGAAAAUGCUUUUAAACUACAAAAUAACUUGUUCAAAACUGCAAUUAAUUUGUUAUGUUAUACACUGGUGCAGACAGCAUACUAUUGUAUCAUUGUUAAAAUUCUAUCUCGAGAUAUGAAGUUAAAUAUAGAUCUGAAAGACUAUUAAUGAUCUGCACCGUUCGUUACGGUCCCGUGUCGUGGAGAACUCCCAAGCAAGGCGCUUAAUUCGAACGAUUUUGUAUUACUUUUAUAGAGUUCUUCGUUGUACACAAAUAAAGCUGUAAAACCCAA